AUGGACACAUGUGUUGUUGAUCUAUUAGGUAUAUUCGAAGUUUAAAUAUUUAGCGCCUGAUAAAACGUAAUAUGGCGGUAGUGCUGCAUAUAUAUUUUGGCAACAUUAAUUAUACAUAAAAAAUAAAUUAAACAAAAGACAUUUAUAAAAAUUCAUAUUUUCCAAAUUAAUAUAUGUAUUAUAAGAUUAUAAUAUUUAUAUUAAUUCUAGUAAAAUAACUUACGAAUUCGAAGUUUGCCGAGCUUCUUAUAUUCAUUUUUAUCUCGAUCGUUGAUUAUAAAGUACAUAGCUGAUAAUAUGUUCAAUUUCUUAAUUUUGUGUUAAUUGUAUUUUAAAAUAGAUGUAUUUUUGUAUUUUGUACUUUAUAUGUACAAUCCUUAUUUGAUUUGUAACAGGAACAAAUAUGUUUACGAAUACUAUAAUUAUUCUUGUUUACAGUUGCUUGAUAGCCACUUAAAUUUAUAAUAAUAGAUAAGAAUCAAAUAUGAUGAUACAUUCCUUAAAACAAACAAAAAAAAGGAAAUAGCGAACAUAUAUACCGUACCUUGAUUUAACUUUGAAAAAAGACGUCACUAUUUAAGACAGUGCUAAACAAUUUACUUUUGGUAAAACUUUUUAUUUAUUAUAAAUGCAUGAUGCUUCUGCGUUUAUUUUCGACUGAAAGUUUUACAUCUUAUAUAAUUAAUUUUAUCGUUAUUUAAGAAAGUUCCUUUCUUACGUACAUUAUAUUUUUUCUUUAUAUUUUUGUAGCUAGGUUGUUCUACGUUGAAUCGGCUUGUAGAUCGUUCCUGUUUAUGAACUAUGAUAAUUAUGUUAAAAUUAUACAGAAAAUUGUUUGUUUUAAAUAAAUAAAUAUAUGUAUACUUUAUUGUAACAAAUAAAUAUACAUAUGUAUAUUUAUAUCAAUAAGAAAGUACCUCCAGGUGAAAUUUGUUCACACAGUGAAUCUAAACUAGAACUUGACGAUUGAAAAAGUAAAGAUCGACUUCUGUGUACAGCGAUACGAUUACGAUAAGACGAGCUACGUCGACGUUUCUGUUUUUCGUUUAACUGAUGCUUUGAUUCUGAAGUACUUAAUUCAUCUUCAGCCCAAAAUGGUCGAUCAGUGUCAUCGGAUAUUGGUGUUAUUUGGAGGACUUCUAAUUGGAGUAGGUUUAUACGCAUUUGUGGAUAAAUGGCAAGCAACGGGUUCUGUCAGAGUGGAAAAUGUAUACGAUGUGAUCCUCAAUAUUUCACUUGUGAUGGUUAUUGCGGGAGGAGUAGUCUUUGUUGUUAGUUUUGCAGGAUGUGUUGGAGCAUUACGCGAAAAUACUUGUCUUCUUAAAUUUUAUUCAUUAUGUUUAUUGGUAUUCUUUCUACUUGAAAUGGGUAUUGCAAUUGUCGGUUUUGUAUUCCCGCAUACAUUGCAAUCAUUAUUGGAGGAAUCAUUUACAGAUAAAAUCAUACAAACUUACAGGGAAGAUCCUGAUUUACAAAAUUUUAUUGACUUUGGACAACAAAAGUUUAGGUGUUGCGGCUUAAGUCAAGAAGGAUAUUUGGAUUGGGGAAAGAAUGAAUAUUUUAAUUGUUCCAGUCCUAGUGUAGAACGGUGUGGCGCACCAUUUUCAUGUUGCAUCAAUGCUACAGAUAUAUCAAGUGGUCUUGUGAAUAUAAUGUGUGGCUAUAAAGUACAAAUGCUACCGGUAUCCGAAGCAGGCAAGAAAGUAUGGACUAGUGGUUGCAUCGAAAUCGUACGAAGUUGGGCUGAACGUAAUUUGUACACAAUAGCUGGUAUUGCUUUAGGUAUAGCUCUUAGUCAACUUUUUGUCAUUUAUCUUGCCAAGACAUUAGAAGGUCAAAUUGAACUGCAAAAGUCUCGUUGGCAUUCCUGAGCUUGACUUCAGGCCACCUACCGCUAUCAGAUUCAUUCUCCUCCCAGUAGGCAGGUGGCCAAUGGCCGAACAAGAGGCCAAGAUAAUGAAACAAAUGUAAAUGUCCGGAUGACAUUACUUGUUCUUUUUGCAAUCUCUGUAUACAUAGUAUGCAUUCUUUCUUUAAUCAGACUCGUACUUUAUUUCAAAAACUAUUUCCAUGUAUAUUUAAGCAAAGGUUAGCUUUUAUUUUCUUUUAUAUAUUAUUCUAUUUUUCGAAUUAUUUUUUUCUAUUAUUAAUUUAUUUGAUAUCUUUAUCGAAUCUUUAUCGUCAUAUAUUUAAAUGAUAAUUAUAUAUUUUCUUUUUCGAAAUUUUAUACAAUUUACAAGCUGAUUAUUUUUAAACUAUAGAAAUCCAAUUUAAGGUAGAAUAUCUGAAAGCGAAUAUUAUUCAAUCUACACGUUUAGUUACGUAUAAAAUUUGUUGCAAAAAUUACUCAAAUACAAGAAAGAAGUUUCAAUUCAUGCGAGAUUGGUAUAUAUUAAUAAUAUUAGCGGAAUUGAUUUUAUAAAAAUUGAUUCUUAAUAUAUAAUUGAUAUAUAAUUCGUUAAAAGAUGAGUUUAUAACAUUAAAUUGAUUGGUAAUUUUUGCAUCAAAAUUUUAAAGCAUCAUUCGCACAUUAUAUGUAAUAGUACUAUAAGUAUUAAGAACAUCAAGCCUUUAAAUGUCCUACAAAAGACUUACAUUAAACAGCUUAAGAAGUAGAUACAAUUCACAAGAGAUUCCUGAUUUUUUUAUAUCUUUACAAAAUUAUUUGUGAAAAAAUUUCACCGUGUGUGUGUUACUAUGUGAAACUUUUAUGAUUUUAUAACUAAUAUUAAUUACUUAAUUCGCCAAAAUAUAAUAAAAUACUGAUGCGGUUAAAACACGCACAUGGUUAAGAAUAUUACUCAAUAUCUCUUUUGCUAUGUAUUUAUCUUUUUUAAUAUUUACACGUAAUUUAUAUUACAAGACUCUUAAUAAGUACAUAGUUAUAUCUGAAUCGAUAUUAUUGAUUCUUUUAUCAUGCUAUAUUAGUGUAAUUCAAGUAAGUCAAAAAAGAAAAAACGUCCAGUGCCAAAGUCGAAGCAUCAUUUUAUUUGAAACAAACUUGACAAUAAUCUGGUGUAAAUGAUUUCUUUAUUAAGUACAUACAUAGUACAUAUGC